CGUACCUCACCAGUGAAAAGCAGUCUUUUAGCCAAACUGGGGUCUGUUCCACUUUUUGUUCACUUUUUCUUGCUGAGCCUGAGAGAGCACAUGCCUUUUUACAGUGCUUCUACAGUAAACAUCUAAAACGUAUCCGCUGACUCCUAGAUGUUUAUUGUGGACCUGUUAGCUAUCUGCCAAGCUAGAAACCAGCUUCACACGCUAGUGAGGGCAGAAUAGUAAAAAGGCAUUGUCCCAAAACGGCUACCUACAGAAAAGUGGAUCUGCGUGGAAACAGUUUCUUCUGUUUUUUCUAAGUUGCAAUGGAUAGUAACGACGACACGCUUGAGACGCGGUCAAUAUGCUCCAACACCUCAUAUGCCAGUCAGCGCUCUUCAGCCAGUGCCACUGCAGCCAGAGCAUGGGCAAAAGUAGAGGCUGCACAUGGUCAAGCACUAUUUGCACAAAAAGAGGCAGAUAUGUUAAAAGCACAAGCAUAUAUUGAGGAGGAACAACAAAAAGCAGCAGCUGAGGCUGCCAGGAAGAAAGCAGAGCUGCAAGCCAGUUUACAUAUCUUGAGACUUGAGAACGCAGCUGCAGCUGUCAUUGCUAAAGAAAAUGUUCUUGAAGCAGCUGUUGAGAACGAAUUUGGGGAGUUAGAUUGGGUUAGCCUGAAAAAUGAAUACGUUGAGCAUAAUCCAAGUCCUGAACCUCAACAAGACUCAGAGCUACCAGAACUCAUGCCAACUCUGAUGCACCAACUACCCAUCGACAGUGAUGAGAUCAGCAAAUACGACUUGCCUGUUCAGAGAACAUCCAAAUUGAGUCAAGAUGCUACUCCAUAUUACCCUCGUACUCAAAGCCCCUACAAGACAGGCCCGUUCAAGCAAGAACAUUCACACAGCUUAAAUCCAUCCAAGGAUACCUACAGACACCAGACACAGUCACAUGAUAUGAGACAAUACAGCAGUAGCUGUAUUGGGUUGGAAGACUGCUAUGGAUCACCAGAAGCAAUUGAAGAGGCUCUCCUGAAGAAAGUGGAUGAUUUUCCAAGAAUCUCAAAUCGAGAAAAUCAAAAGCUGAGAGAGCUGGGAGACAUUCUCUUGGAGCUUGAAGUCGCCAGAGCCAAUGGGUUCCUACCAGGCCUCAGUUACCUGAACACAUCUCGGGGCAUCACUCCAAUUGUCCAAAAGUUGCCAUACUCCCUGCAUGACAAGUGGGUCUCUCUAGCAUCUUGUUACAAAGAAAAUCAUCAAGCGUCUUACCCACCGUUCUCCUUCUUUGCAAAGUUUGUUUGUGAUCAAGCCAAAACACUCAAUGAUCCAAGCUUUUCCCCUCUCACAGGUGGUUGGAGGACAGGGAAGCCAGAACACUGUUUCAAACAAAACAUGAAAAUACCCAUUUCUGUCAAAAAGACAGAAGUCUCCUCAAACUCUAAAAGCAUGCAAGCCAGCCCCUCAGGGAAGAGGAGGGCCAAACCAGAUGAACAAUGCCCACUCCACAACAAACCACACCUCCUCAGAAACUGUCGAGGGUUUAGGAGAACCUUUGGAUGAAAGGAAAGCUUAUCUUAGAGAGAAUAAUAUUUGCUUUAAGUGCUGCGCUUCAUUCACUCAUCUAGCGAAAGACUGCCACAAAAACGUUUAGUGCAGAGAGUGCAAGAGUGAGAACCACCCUACUGCGCUACACCCAGGCCCAGCCCCCUGGAUAGCAGAGACUUCUGUAACCACAAGAGAGCAAGGCGGGGAGCAAGGAGAAGAAGCUCCUCAAGCUGUCACAGCAAAAUGCACAGACAUUUGUGGGACUAUAGUCAGAACAAGGUUGUGCUCCAAAAUCUGUCUUGUCAGAGUUUAUCCAGCCGGCCAGAGGGAGAAAGCUGUUAAGGCGUACGUUGUUCUCGACGAGCAGAGCAAUAAGUCCUUGGCAAGAACAGAGUUUUUUGAGCUCUUUGGAGUUAAAGAGGGCACGGCAGCAUACACCUUGAAGACCUGCUCAGGAGUUAUGGAAACAACAGGGCGCCGAGCUAACAAUUUCAUCAUGGAGUCAUUAGAUGGUAGAGCUGGGCGAUAUGACCCAAAAUUCAUAUCUCGAUAUUUUUUAGUUGGAUGGCGAUAUAAGAUAUAUAUCUCGAUAUUUUUUUAAAGCCAUAAAGUAAGAACAAAAAGAG